AUGCAGAUCGCUGCUUUAAAGCUGCAAUCAGGAGAUCGGAAGGAGUGCAAGGCCCUUUUGGAUGAGGGUAGGGCAAUCAUUGACAGCAUGGCGGAUCUUGACCCCUCAGUUCACGCCAGCGUUCACUGGGUUAGCUCGCAGUAUUACAAAUCGAAGCAGGAUUUCGCUGAAUUCUACAAGAGUGCGUUGCUUUACCUGGCCUACACGUCCGUCGACACACUUACUGACCCCUUCAAGCUGGAUUUGGCUGUCGAUCUGUCUUUGGCGGCGCUGCUUGGUGAAAACAUCUACAACUUCGGCGAGCUUUUGGCGCAUCCGAUUGUCGGUGCUUUGGAGGGCAGCCAGUUUCAAUGGCUGUAUCACAUUCUUCACGCGUUUGAGCAUGGUGACCUGCACAAGUAUGAUGAGUUGUGCUCGCUGUAUGCGGCUCAACUCAACGCCCAGCCAGCUCUGGUGGAGAAUGAGAGACGUUUGAGGGAGAAGAUCACAAUUCUGUGCUUAAUGGAGCUGAUUUUCAGCCGGCCUUCUGAUGACCGUACCAUUCCGCUGACAACAAUUGCGGAGAAGACCAAGCUUCCCUUGGAUGGCGUGGAACACCUCUUGAUGAAGACCCUCUCUGUAUGUACUUUAGUUUGGUAUUGA